AUGAUGUCGUCGUUAGCGAUGUUUAUACUGAUGACAGCGUCGUAUCCUCAAGAACUCACACAGAACACCUCGAACGACCGUGGUCGUUCGCGUAAACUCGUCCGGCUACUGAUAGCAGCGUUUUUCGUAGCGACUAUUAUACUGAUUGUCGUCUCCAUAACAUUACUUCUUACUCAAGAGCCAGUAAAUCUUAAUGGAUCAGCAACGCCAACAUCGUCAGAUGGUAAUGAAACUACCAGUAGAUUACAAUUUCGGCGGCGUCCAAGCUACCGAAAAUUCACUUUCGAAGAUCUCUUCUCGGGCAAGGUCUUUCUCAAAGAUUCAUACACCACUGGCUGGACACGCAACGGUGGUCUUAUUCAAACGAAGGAUGAAUAUCUUGGGGGCACUACGGUAGCAACGGUUAUCCAUCCUGGUACUUUUAACGCUGUGGACUAUCUGUCCGACUCUUCUCUCAUGCAUUCAUUAUCGUCCAAUAAUAAAUAUGCGUUUGUAACGAAGAAUAUUAAACAGAUUUUCCGUCAUUCCAAUGAAGAAUUAUACGAGAUUAGACGUAUGAUGAACGGUACACCAUCCGAGCAAACCUUCGCCGUAGGGCCACAGGGAAAUGGAUUUGAACCGGCCCUCGCCUUCACGUGGAACCCGAAUCCCAACAGAAAUGAUUUCGUUUUCGUCCAUGAGUACAACAUCUACUACCAAAUGGAUCCGGAAAAGCUCGGAAGUGCUAAACAGCUAACAAAAGACGGAAGUUACUUGUUGCGCUAUGGAGUGCCGGAUUGGCUUUAUGAAGAGGAGAUUCUCUCUUCUGGAACGGCGAUUUGGUGGUCGGAUUCGGGGCAGUAUUUAGCAUAUAUCAGAUUUGAUGACCGCUCUGUAAAUCGAAUUUACAUUCCAAAGUACAUAAGAGGCUCUCAAUAUCCACAGUACACGGAGAUCCCAUACCCUAAAGCGGGAGUUGAAGAAAAUCCACUGGUAAGGCUAUACAUAUGGAAAGUGGGGACCAACAAAACAGUGAUUGCUGAGCCCCCAGCUGAGCUGACCAAAGGGAACCAAUCUUAUUAUAUCUUUUCGAAUGCUUGGAUUAAGAUUCCAACAGAGAUAUCACAAAGUCUCGGACAUGAGCGAUUGGUAACAGUGUGGGCUACUCGAGAGCAAAAUGUCAUCUACAUCACACUUUGCAAUGAAAACGAUUGCGUCCUGACUCAUGUUCAAUCGUUCACCAUCAACGGGAGCAGUAUGUGGGCGGAACCGGCGGAUUUCAAGAACGUCUUCGCCUCAAGAUCCGGAUUCUUCUUGAUUCUUCCACGUGCUUACAACGACGGAAACGUCUACAAUCACAUCGCUCACAUGCAAAUUUUGAAAAAUGGUAGUGGUCGAAUUACUGCUUGGCAUGGCGGUGCUUACGAUAUCCGUGAGAUAAAGGGUUACGAUGUGACGUCAGAUGUCCUCACAUUUACAUCAGUUGGAGGAGGUCUAGGCACUAUGCAUCUUUAUAGAGUCUCAAAAGCUAUUUCGACGAAUCGGUCGUCCAUAGUGGCGAUAUCCUCAUUCGUUCCUGACUGUGAUUACAGUGCUCAUGAGGUGUCUCCAGACGGUAAACGAGCAGUAAUAAGCUGCAUAAAACCAUUCCAGAAUACUAAAAUGUAUUUAAUGGAUGUGGAGAAACCAAGCAACAAUAAACUUCUGGAAGGCGCAGAGGACGCUAUCAUUCCAUUUGACCUUCCAGAACUUUCAUAUGAAAUCGUGAAAUUGCCAUCUGGAUAUGAAGUACACAUUGGUAUGAUGAAACCGCCAAAAUUUGAUCCGAAUUUGAAAUAUCCGCUACUUAUUGACGUUUAUGGUGGACCCAAUAGCUGUAAAGUUCGUCGAGCAACCCCAAAUCCCAACAUGAUUCAUUUCUGUUCGACUCUGGGAGCAAUCGUUGUGUGGAUUGAUGGGCGCGGAGCUUCAAAUCGAGGAUGGAAUUUAAAAGCACCAGUGUACAAAGCUCUUGGACAAUUCGAAACUAUUGACACUAUUGAUGCAGUGAAAUACCUCACCUCCAAGUACCCUUUCAUCGAUAAUGAACAAGUGGCUGUUUUUGGAUGGUCAUAUGGAGGAUUCCUAAGUACUCACAUUGCAAUGCGAGAUCAAGGUGAAACAUUCAAAUGUGCGGUAGCUGUAGCACCAGUUGUCGAUUUUAUGCUAUAUGAUAGCGCAUACACUGAGAGAUAUCUCGGAAUCCCAUUUGAAAAUCCUGCGGGAUACAAUGCUAGUCAAUUACUGAGUAAAGUUGGUCUCCUUAAAAAUGUCAACUACAUGCUCGCUCAUGGAGAAGCUGACGACAACGUUCAUUUUCAAAAUAGCGCUCUAUUGGCGGAAAUGUUGCAAGCAGAACUUGUCCAUUUCAAGCAGCUAGUGUACAGUAAUCAGGAUCAUAGUAUGGGCUCUCGACAAGCCCACCUUUUCAUGGAAAUCGGCCGUUUCCUUAGUGAAGAAUGCUUUAUCGAGGACUGA